AUGCUAAAUAUUGAGAAAGAAAAAAAAUUUUCAAUUAAAAUUUUUAAUAAUUCAUCUUCAUAUGUUACAAUUUGUUUAAUUAUUUUUCCAAUUAUAUUCCUUAUAAUUGGAAUAAUCUACAGAAAUUCAUGUAUUGCAGAACCUGAUAUAUCAAUAUUUUUAAUUAUAUUUGGUAUUUUAAUUCUUAUUAAUCUUUUUAUUUAUCAAAUUAUAGGAAUAACAUUUCUUGCUUUAAUUCGGCGUGCACGAUCUUUUUCAUUAGAAAAUGGUAUUAGAAUAUUGAUUGCAAGUAUAUUUGGAGUAAUUUUUGGUAUUAUUGUAUUCAUUUGGUGGAUUAUUGGAACUAUUUGGUGGGUAAAAUUAACAUUACGUAUAAAAUCUCAAUUAAAACAUCCAACUUCAUUGGCCUACUGUCAUCCUAUUGUCUAUUGGACAGCUUUGCUAGCUAAUAUCCUUGGUUUAAUCGGCUUUAUUAUCCAAAUUUGCAUCGCAAUUGACGGUAAUAUGACAACAAGUAAACAAUCCUCAAAGAUUUGUCGUUAA